GACCAAAACCAAAACAAUCCCAGCAUGGCCAGCCGCUUGUAGGGCGCCUGUACACGUCAUAGGAUAACCCGGAAGUGCAGUGACGUUUCAAAAAUCCUUCAUCCCUGUCGUGGAACAGCGAAACAAAGCUUGCCAAGAAGCUCAGGCUUUGGACAGACAUGCAGUACUGACACACCUACAGACAGACAGUGUUCAGCUGGCUAGUCAUGGCAACAGCAAGCGGAACAGAUGUUCGCUGGACUUUGAUCUAGAGCGCCUGUAGCUAUUUUGGAGUCUGGACGUCCUGUUGUUCUGGAUUCAUCUCUCUGCAGCUCUCCGUAUGGCAGGUGUUGUUUAAGAGGCGCCCAGCUUGUCUGAUUAUUGGCCCUUCCCUCCCCAUAGCACCCCAUAGCACCUCACCCCACACCUGGCUAGUGCUCCGGCCCCAUUCAGGUCGUCUCUGCAUCAAGGCUGGCAAUGUCCAGAGCCCCAAACCCCCCCUCCCCCGGCAGAAAUGUCCAGCAGUCAGGUGGCUGAGAGCUGGUGUUAUACUCAGAUCAAAGUGGUGAAGUUCUCCUACAUGUGGACCAUCAACAACUUCAGCUUCUGUCGCGAGGAGAUGGGAGAGGUCAGCAAAAGCUCCACUUUCUCCUCGGGAGCCAACGACAAACUCAAAUGGUGUCUGCGUGUGAACCCUAAAGGUCUGGAUGAGGAGAGUAAAGACUAUCUGUCACUUUACUUGCUCUUAGUCAGCUGUCCAAAAAGUGAAGUGCGCGCCCAGUUUAAGUUUUCUAUCCUCAAUGCCAAGGGAGAAGAGGCCAAAGCUAUGGAGAGCCAGAGAGCGUACCGUUUUGUCCAGGGGAAGGACUGGGGUUUCAAAAAGUUCAUAAGGAGGAACUUCCUGCUGGACGAGGCCAACGGUCUGCUGCCCGAUGAAUUAACGCUUUUCUGUGAGGUGAGUGUGAUACAGGACUCUGUAAACAUCUCAGGCCAGAAAACAAUGAACAUGUUGAAGGUUCCGGCCAAGGAGCUAGGAGAUCUGUGGGAAAACUCUAGAUUCACUGACUGCACCCUGUGUGUUGCUGGCCAGAAAUUUCAGGCGCAGAAAGCCAUCCUGGCAGCUCGCUCGCCGGUGUUCAGUGCCAUGUUUGAGCAAGAGAGUAAGAAGAACCAUGUGGAGAUAAAUGACAUGGAGCCAGAUGUCUUCAAAGAGAUGAUGUGCUUCAUCUACACAGGCAAGGCCCCCAACCUGGACAAGAUGGCUGAUGACCUGCUGGCUGCAGCUGACAAGUAUGCUCUGGAGAGGCUGAAGGUGAUGUGCGAGGAUGGUCUGUGCACCAGUCUGAGUGUGGAGAAUGCCACAGAGAUCCUCAUCCUCACCGGCUUGCACAGGCCCGACCAGCUCAAGACGCAGGCCGUGGACUUCAUCAACUAUCAUGCAGCUGAUGUGAUGGAGACAUUGAGCUGGAAGUCCAUGGUGAUAUCUCACCCACACCUGGUAGCAGAGGCAUAUCACUCCCUGGCCACGGCUCAGUGCCCAUUCCUGGGUCCCCCAAGAAAACGGCUCAAACAGUCCUAGUGGUCCGGAGAGACUUUCCUGUCCAAACCCUGCUAUGUCAACUUGUACCGGCAACCUCGUUGCUCCUCCCUCCCAGUCCUCCUCUCUCUCCUACAGCACCCACAGAUGCCCAAGACUGCAACCCAAGCCUUGGCUAGAUAUGACUAGGAGGAGCUACUCAUCUGGGCCGACCAGAGAAUUACAGGACACAGAGGAGGUACUACACAUCUCUGCAAGGUGGUGGGGGUGAAUUCUAUAACAUCUAAACCUGGAUAUUUAUGGAUUGCAUGUACCAUAUAUCCUUUGUCUGCGAUAUUGGAAAGCUAGAACCAUAAUCUGCGAGUCAGUCAUGUAAAUAACUGAUCCUCAGAAGGAAAAGUCAGUGCCAAGUCCCUGUAAAUGCAAUAUUGUGGCAUAUUGUUUUGUGCAGUGUGAGUGUGAGUGUUGAAGCCCAAACUGUGCUUGUAAAGUGAAGAGGAUCAACCAACCAGAAAUUGAAAGAAUGUUCUUCCCAUUGUUGAUGAUUUAAACAGUGUUUGUACAACGAAUUGUUUUUCUAGAGCACAAACAAUUGUUGGUUUGAAUGAAAAUAAAUAAAUCUGAACAUGUUUUAACGUUCACUAUUCAGCCUGUGCCUUAAAGAGAUGUUUUGCUGAUUUUAAUCCAGCUCUGUGUCGUGGCAGUGUGGGCAGUGUGUGCAGAUGAAUGGUGUGUGGCUUCCCUCCGGGGCCAUAGUGCACAGAGCUCCCAGCUGAGCAGAGCAGCGGAGGUCUGCCGAGAUGCACCGGAUGACGGAGGGAAGCCACACACUGUUCAUCAGCAUGCACUGCCCACACUGCCAUGACACAGAGCUGGAUUAAAAUUGGCAAAGUAUCUCUUUAAGCGGGGAAGUUUCAGGGGUGUCAUGAUGCCGGAUUAAUUGCCUGAACGAUCAGCGAUUGGUUGGAUUUUUGGCAUGUCAGAAAGGUUGGUCAGCUGUAUUGCAGUUUGAGCAGUUUCCUACAUGACUACUGCUAAAAUAUCCAUUAUAAACUGUACUGAUUUUAAUAUUAUCAGAGAAAUGACUUGAAUGUGAUGACGUGAUGAAACUGUAGUCUUGACUGAGCUGUGAUAUAAAAUUCACUGCAGAAUACAUAAAACAUAUUGUCUGCAUUUUCCAGCCAUCUGCGGCUCUAUAUUUGUCUUUUUUUCUUCCUACUUUCCUUUCAUGGUAGUCAUUUUAAACAAACACUGCCUUUCUUUCUUUUUGAGGACACAGACAUCUUGUUUGAAUGAACUUAGAAUUAAAAAUCGGGUUCCAUUCUUACAUUCAGUGUGAGCAACCAGUGAGUUCGCACAAUGUAAAAGAGGAAUACAAACGCACGUGUCUGGCCAGCUUUAUAUCAAAGAAACCGAUCAUGAAAAAAACUUUUACUCACCUUUUACCACAGAAUAUCAUUUGAUUGAACCUAUUAAAUACUGAUGUUUUUUAAUUUUGUCCGGCAUGUCUUUUUCGUCCUUCAUAUCUUCAUUAUUUCUCAUUAUGCAGUUUAGACACAUCUACUAGUUACUGACUCAUUAGUGAAAAGCGUCUUUCAACUUGCUGUGUGAUCAGUGCGUGCGAAUAACACGUUUUAGUUUCAAGCUUGAUCCUGUCGUGAUCAAAGUUCAAUCCCCAGUGCACAUGCUGCUCACCUCAUCUGAUCACAAAGGCUCAUAUCCAGCUGUUUCCUUUGUAGACUUGGCUCUUACUCACAUGGUCACAGGCCCGUUUGACUUGUUCUCUGUGGCCUUACUUAGAUAGCAGAUAGGUUGUAAAUACUUCACAGAGAGCUGGACCUAUCUCUUGGACAGUAUCUUAACAGGGAUUUCUUUGUGUUGACCAAAGUCGAUGCCCAGCGGGCUUCAAGGAAGCUCAUCCCUAAGCCCUGCAAAUCGCUCCUCAUCAAACAGUCAGCCCUAGCCAGCGAACUUUGGGGAUAUCUGGCGCUCAUCAAACAGAGGGAAGGCCAUUAUUUGUGAAACACACAGCAGACUGUAGCUUCAUGACAGACCACAUAUUAGUCAGACUGAUGAUUCAAUUGCAUCAUUUAUAUCUGCUGAGCGGCAUCAAAUUUUGAAGAUAUGGUGAUAGAGGUGCGCGUGACAGCUCAAUGUGAAGAAAAUCAAUUUUAUAAGCAUUUUAUGACUUUAUUCUAGAUUGAACAGUAGUGAGAGGAAAUGAGAGAGAGAGAGAGAGAGAGAUGAGAACCUGAACCUGGGACAUUAGGAUUCAUGUUGCAAUUAAUUCAAUGAAGAAUGUUAUCAACUGUUAAACAAUAUAGAA